CUCACGGUGGACCCUGCCAAGCGACUGAAAAUGUCCAACUUACGCUACAGCGAGUGGCUCCAAGAUGGAAGCGCCCUCUCUUCCACCCCGCUCAUGACGCCGGACAUUCUCGAGAGCUCCGGACCCGCUGUGCGAACGGGCGUCAACGUCACGUUUAUGGCCUUUAACAAGGGGAAGCGCGAAGGGUUCUUCCUGAAGAGCGUGGAAAACGCCCCGCUAGCCAAACGGCGUAAACUCAAGAUGUCGAGUACGGGUGUCGAGGGCCGCCGCAGCAGCAGCAGCAGCUCCUCGUCCUCCUCCGGGUCCUCCUCCCGCCCCCCGAAAGCCAAGGUCCCCACCGUUCGCCACGAUCCUCCCUCGUAGCAGCCUGGGGAAGGGGCUGAGCACUGAAAAGCUGGAUGGGAAAUGGGUAUUUAUUGUCUAUGUUGCUGUUCGGGGAGGGGGAACACGGCUUCCGCUCCCCCCCAUUUCCACCCCCCCCCCCAUGAUGUGGUGUCUUCGUUUAGAAUGGGGCACAUUUUGUAGUACAACGUGACCAUUCUCUGUCGGAAGGGAGAGGAAAACCUGGAGGGGUUAGGCAGAGAGUCGGGGCUUUGGAAGCGUUUCCCCUUAUUUCAAGGCCAAAUCAACAUCUGAUUCCACAACCAGCCAUCCCAUUGCAAGGAUACAGCCAGGAAUGUUCCGCUAGUUUGAUGUUUUGGGAAACCGAUCGGCCCGGGGCGAUGUGGGGAGCGUGGCCAAUUUUGUUUCCUAACCCCCAAUCAGUGCACCACUUUUCUGCGCACGAGGGCUGCUCCCUUUUCCCCGAGCCCUUGAUUGGCGGGUAGAGGUGAAAUGAACAGAGAUGAAUCAGGCGAUCACCGCUACAGGGCGCACCUUUCCCAACGACCAGCAGAGGGCAGCCGUUCUUCGUCCUCACCUGGUGGUUAACUGCAUUUUUUGCAAUCCAGCUAUGACAAAUUAUUCAGAGGGGCCCAGCUAAUAAUUGUUGGGUGGUUUUUAUUAAUGAUUGAUGGCAUUUUGGGGUGGGGGGGUAAGCAGUAGUAGGAAUGGAUUUGCUCAUUCUGAGGCCAAAGCUGGGGAAGAGGGAGAAUAUUUUUUCCAGUGGAAUACCCCUUAAUCUUAUUUUUUAUCCCCGUACUCCUGGGUCGGAUAGGCGGAGCUUAGCACCAAGAUACGUUUAGGUUCAGACGUUGCGCUAAGCCGUUUCAACUAUGAUUAGGGUUAGUUUGGAUGUCACACUAAGGCAAAACCAACCAGGUCAUGAUAGGUUGGCACAGUGCUUACGACUAGGGCACUCCUGAACCUCAAACUGUUGUUUAAAAACCCAGGAGCAAGACAACUUUCUUUUUUUUUAAUGGGCAUAACUCUAAAUUUCAUUCUGAGAAGGAUGGACGAUAGGGCUAAAGGAUAUAUAUGUAUGUAUGCGUGUAUGUGGGUGUGUAUAUGCACAAGAGAAACUGAAAAACAGAAUAAGAUGCACCAAUCUGUUUCUGUAUUCAGAGAAAGAAGCCAAAUAGGAAAUAUUGCAGGAAAAUGCAUAGGGGAGGGGGAGUCUCUUAAAUGACACCCCCCCCAAUCAAUCAUAGAAUUAUAGAGAUGCUUCAUCUCUUGAUGAUAGGGGACAAUGGGGACUUGGGGUCUUGCCUUACGGCCCAGUCAAAUCUAUUUUUCUGGGUGAAUCUGAUAAGCUCAGGCAGUGGGCGGGGGGGGGAAGGGAAAGAGUAUAUUUUUAAGAAAGCGAGAGCAAUUUCUGUCUGUAUGUUUAAAUAUAUAUUGAAGGCAAGCAUGGGAGUGAAUGUGUGUGCAAGAUAGCGCCUUUGAAUUUAGAAUCUUUGUGCGAGAGAGGGCCGAAGUUUGCCUUUUCUCCCACUUCAGGAGGAGAUAAAACAAGCUGAGAUAUAGAAUGGAAAAAAAGGCAUCACGUCAUUAUGUAGAAUUCUCUCCACAGGCUUGCUUACAGGGACUAGAUUUUUAUUUAAACCCUUAUUUCUCACAAGGGAGAAAAACAUUUUUUUUAAAAAAAGCAAAACUCUGAAUUCUACUCAAGGCUCUACUUCAAUUGACUCAAAUCACAGGCUUCAUGUUGCAUUGUUAAGGAUAGGAUUAUUAUUGACGUUUUCAAGUUUUGCUAAAUUCAGGAGGGGCUAUUAUGUGCCAGGCCAUCUCUGGCUACACAACUGUAACCUUCCUACAGCAGUAUUAAUUGCAAUUAUUUUUAAUCCCAUAUUGCUUACUAUCAGGGUAAAAUGGUCAUGUUUCAAUUUUUAUCCCACAUAACUUGAUAUGUAUUUGUCUCAAAUAGAAAUUUAUUGCAGAGAUCUUUGUGCACAGAUUUUGGUAACUUAAUAUGUGCUGUAUAAGCAUUCUGAUGCAUAUGUAUUUAGUGUAGAAAAAACUGGUGCCUUUCAGAAAAGUCAGGGCUGUUAUGUCCCUGAAUUCCUGGCUGGAAAUUUGACAGGUUUUAAGAAUGGAAGAUCUUAAGAUCUGAAACUACUAAAGCUGUAGAUGGAUGAUUCUAAGGGAUAUGAAUGAGUAAGGGCUCUUUUAGAUUCUUGAAUCUAAGAGAGGAAAUAUAAUUGUACAAAGAGCAUUAAGAAAAGGGCCUGAGAGAAUGGAGGGAGGGGGAGAGAUAGUCAUAUAGUCACUUUAAAGGGAAGUGCAAUUAGCAAUGUAUGGUUACUUGGAAGAUGAGAGGGGAAGGGGAAAGAGAAUGAGCCAUGCCCAGCUCCAGAAAAAUGGAAACUGGUUCACUGUUUUUCACAGGUUGUCUGCAAGUAUCUAGCCAACCCACUUUGAAUGGGAAGUUUAAUGAUACUCAGAUCGUUUGGAAUAACUUUAAAGAAUCAGCAUCUCCCACCAUCUAAAACUGAUAGGUAAUAGUAGUAUUAGGAUAGCGAUAGCUUACUUUAAAGAGAAAAAUUCAGCCAAGGAAACGGUGCUUUUCCCCUUCUGCAGUUGGUGUUGAGGACGAAGAGAGUGAAACCAGAGGUAGUUCUAUUUUUAGACCAAUAAUCGGGAACUUUUCUUCUUCAAUGUGACAUGGCCAACAUCUUUCUCCAAAGAUGAAUUGGGAAUUCCUCGUAUUGCUCCUAAAUACUUUGUGCUGAUCUAAAUAUUAGGGGGAGGAGUAGAUCUGGUGCUUUUAAUCACAGUAUCUUGCAGGAACCAUUUCCAUUCCUGGAGGGGAAUUCUUCUCUGGCAGAGAAUCCAUUUUCCCUGCACAAAAAUUCACGCUUGACUUUGACACCUCAGGAGAGUUGGUGAUAAAUGGAGGAACCCCAAGCAUGUCUACCUUACCCGUCUUUCACUAGCAUUGUGUUAACUUGACGUGGAGUCUAGAUCAAGGGAUUUGGGAAGAUGCAGGCAUCCUUAACGAGGCAUUUUCUGCACUCUUAUUAAAAAAAAAAAAUCAGUUUCCCCUUUGGAGGAAUGGUAUGCUAACUUCAUCCUGUUUCUAACCCAGUUGAAAACAGUAGUACAAAUGUUACUCUCAAAAGUUUUGCCAACUGCUUCCCUCCUUCACAGUUUUUGCACUUGGCAGCUGUUUAACGUGAGGAGCAAAGUAGCUCCCCUUCCACAGGGUGACUAUACGUGUGCGCGCGCGUGUGUAUAUACGUGGGUAUGUCUUAACUGCCAUAUGCCCUCCACUCCUGCCAAGGAGGAGAUGACUGAGUGGAGUGCAUUCUUGUACACCCUUCUUUUAAGUAGCACAAGAGGCCAAGAACCAGCCAUCAGGGGUAUCUUGUCCAUGCAACCAAACCAUGUGUAUUUUUUAUUUGAAAAUAAAAAUUGCCUCUGAAGCCAAGUCUCUCUUUCCUGUGACCCUGGAUUCCUUUUGGCAUUUUGUUCUGCAGCAAAGGCUUAUGCAAAACAAGAUGAGUCACGUUUGGCCAAAAGGGACAAAGACGGAUCAUGAAUGAACAAGAUGGAAAUACUCAGCCCUACAGUGUAUUGAAGGUGUCCGAAUAAAACUGAAAUAUAAAAAGGUUAUUCUUUUAUGCCACUGGGCAUACAGCCCCCUGCUGAACACAUUCCCUGGAAAUUUAGAGGGCUAGUAACGUAUGCUAGACCUAACCUUGGGGUCUCCCUUGCUUUAGAUCUGAUGCCAAAAUCUACAAAUUUACCUAUCCAGUUUGAAUUUCCUUUUAAUGGCAUCCCAAAGCUUCACUAAUUAUAUCAACAGUAUCUUUCCCCCUACCCCAGACUUCCCAGACAGGUCACCAUAACUGGCUCCCCAUUCACUGCUUUACCAUUCUGAAUUUAAAGAAGUUAACAGCUGUCUCUUUAAGUGACUUCAGUUGGGCUGGACCGCAACUCCCAUCCCUGUCAAAGUAGGAUAUGCUGGCUGAAAACUACAGACUUUCCACAUCUGGGAGGGAGGAAAAGCCAAGAAUGGCCAUUCUAAGGAAUCUGCAACCUGCAUGGUGAAAACUGAGUUUUUAGAGGUGGGAGGAGGCAACUUAAAAAACUCAUUUCUAAGCUACUAAAAAGGUAUGACUCCCCUCCCUGCAAAAAAACCCUGUCUGUCUUCAGGGCAUGGUUUCUACAUAAGCAGAUGGGCUCCACCAGUUUGAAACACAAAAGUUUAUUUAAAAGAAGAAAAAAGAAAAAGAAACCUUACAUCAACUGGAAUGGAACAGAAGCAUUCCCUGAAGCCAUGGAAAGGGGUGUGGGGGGGAAGAAUGGUAUUUAUUAGGUUAA